AUUGCCAAACCUGCUUUGCGAUAGCUGAUAGGCCAGCUAGUGUGAAGUGACUUGAGUAAUGGCUAGAGGGUACACGAGAUAGCAAGCGAGUUUACAGUUAUUUGCUUAUUUUUAAUAUUUUACCGAUACUGGAAUUCCAGCGGGUAUUUGUCUUACUCGGCGUUUAGUUCGAGGGCUCGCUUUGGGCUCGCUUCUUUUGUUUACAUUCAAACUACAUGCAGUGGAAUGGCUGAAGUGCCGCCUGGGCCUAACACACUGCCUGCGUCCUCGGCCGAAAUUAUAUCGCUGCCCGUGGAUGGCUGCUCGUUCCUGGGGAACAAUGAGAAAUUGGACUGCGGCCGAGGAGACGUUAUAGCUCCGGGGACGGGAGCGCAACAGGGCACCGAGCCCAAAGGGAUAGUUAAACCGAGCCAGAACAGCGUCCAUCACAUUAACUCGCCUGCUCAGCUGCAUUCUUCACCGGCCCAGCUCAACGGCAUCGCCAGCCAUCCGGAGCACGACGAGCACCGCGGCCACAAAAUCGCUCAAAAGCACGUCCAGCACCGAGCUCACAGAGCGGCCGACUGUCAGCACACUGCCUCUGAAUAUGUGGACAUCGUUGACGAGCGGGGAGACAACAGGAAAUUAGCGUGUAACAACCGUGACAGCUCGCUCCCCAGUAACGGAGUCGACUCCCCCGAUCCCGCGGCCAUAACCGAGCCCGGCUCUUCAGAUCAGCUGGAAGGAGAGAGUACGUGUCUGAAAGCCGAGCUCGGCAGGACUGUGUGUCACUCCGAGUGUAACGACAAUGUGCAGAAAUCAGCGGGGGACAGAGAGCGAGGCCUGGGGCCGCAGGGAGCUGGAGCUGGGGAGGCACCUCUAGCGGAUCAGAUAGCAAAGCUGUCAGUGAGCUCACAGGCAGCAGAUCACAGCCCCAUCACUUAUGUGAGAUACGAGUCCGAGCUGCAGAUGCCGGAUAUAAUAAGGCUCAUAACUAAAGACUUGUCCGAGCCUUACUCCAUAUACACCUAUAGGUACUUCAUUCACAACUGGCCCCAGCUCUGCUUUCUGGCAAUGGUGGAGAAAAACUGUGUUGGUGCCAUUGUAUGUAAGUUGGACAUGCAUAAGAAGAUGUUCAGACGGGGAUACAUUGCCAUGCUUGCUGUGGACUCCAAAUUUCGAAGGAAAGGCAUCGGUACAAACCUUGUUAAAAAGGCCAUCUAUGCCAUGGUGGAAGGGGACUGUGAUGAGGUGGUGCUGGAGACGGAAAUCACCAACAAAUCAGCCCUGAAACUUUAUGAGAACCUGGGCUUUGUCAGGGACAAGCGGCUGUUCAGAUACUAUUUAAAUGGAGUGGACGCUCUCCGGCUCAAGCUGUGGCUACGCUGAGGUCUCCUGUCACAUCCUGGACUGUCCCUCAGUUCCUCUGUCCUCCUGUCCUUGUGUCCAAGUGAGUACGGAGAAUUGGCCUCCAGCAAGCCACAAAGGGGAGGCAGCCGCAUGAAAAACGAGCAAAAUGUAAUAAAGAGUUUUACGUACCUUUCUCUGUACGAGAGAAGUUAUUGCAGCAAAAAAAAAAAGAAAAAAAAAAGGGAGGGGGGGUGCUAAUAUUUAAAACAGUCACUGACUCCGAAGAGGAAAAGUUUUGGAUUUCACUGUUGUCCAAAAGCCUGAUUGCAGGUCGUUGUGUGAAUGCAGGACAUUAGCAUCACCUCUAGGAGUCGUGUCGAACUGGAUCAGGCUAAAAGAAAAAAAAAUUUAAAAAGGCAUCACCCUCUAUUCUUUUAUUUUUUAUGAGUAAUUGUAACUGAGGGAUGGAAAAUAAACUUCUACAGUCAAAAGAAAUUGCAAAUGCAAAAACAACGAAAAAGAAGCUACACUAACAAGUCUGAUUUUUCUUUUUGUUUCCCUUUAUUUUGUUUUCUUCAGAAGAGGGUUCAUGGGGAUGUUCUGAUUGUGUUCGAGGCCAAAGCAUUGGCUUCUGUUUGUGUGUGGGGGGCCUAUUCUUUUAUAUGUGUGUUUUAUUCCCUCUGUUUGAACAGACCAAGCUCUUUUCAUUGUAGGAAUACAGCUGCUUAAGCCAGAUAUGCACUUCUUGUUAAAGGAAGACACCACAUUGCACUCUGAGAUAUUGUUCAUACAUACAAAGCCACUGACAUCCUCAAACCAGUAAGCUUAAAUUGGUUAUUACCAGAAAUCACUGUCUGCACCUAAAGUCUGCCAGAAUAAUUCUAUUCUCCUGUUAUCUUAAGAGUGAGUGGGGAGGGCACAAACAACUCCAGUCUGGCACAGUUUGUUGAUUUUCAGCUACUAAAACUAAUAAUUGGUUGAGUCCGAAGUUCUUCAGAAGGGAAACCACCAAACUGUGCACAUCACCUGGUUCAGAAUGUGCUGCAUUGUUUUAUGCAUUUGUUUAUUAGCUUGUUUUUUUUUUUUUUGAGCUGGUUAAUUGAAACUCAUUCAUUUUGUCAUGUUAUGCACCAUUCAGCACCAUAAACAUGCAAGAAAGAACUGAUCCAUCCAUCUUUAUUAAAUGGCAGGGUGUUUUAACAUAAAUUAAAAUGAAUCGCUGACAAUGAAUGACUUCAGACUCAUUUACAAAUACACCAAUGCACUUUUUCAAAACGUACCCAUCGUAAACCGAGAUCUGUCCAAAGUGUUCUGCAGUUACCACAUUUAAAUAUGUUAUGAUAAUGCAUAACGUACUGACUGCCAAAGGUGCGACUUAUCAGUGCUAGUCAGUAGUUAAUUCAUAAUGAAUGCCUUGUACUCAAAUUAUGCCAUAUGUUUGGGGGGGGGAGGGUUGUGGAAAUAACAACCUCCUCGUUCACCUGUGCUGUCCAGCACUGCUUUAGUUUAGCAGCAGGGGGCAGCAUAUAAAUAUAAGCAGCUCAUCACUCUGUAUUAACAACCACUUGUGCUGAGGAAGAUAUGCAACAAUUUACCUUGUUAAGAAGUUGUUUCACAGAGUGUGUGCUGUAUAGCGUGUUAAGUUUUACAUGGUGUUAGAAUGCGAGUCCAGUUUAAAUGUCGAGUGUAGACCCCACAUUGCAUUGUUUUUUAUUUUUGUGUGUUCUCCCCCUUAUAAAUACUGAUCUGCUUCUCUUGCGAUCCUGGCUGAUAUGCUUGCUGUUGUUUUUUCUUGAAAAUCAUACACAUUUUUGGUGGGGAAAAAUGUUUUUUUUUUUUUUUUUUUCCUUCUUUGUUUCUUUGUACAGAGGUGCAGCAGUAUUGCUCAGAUGGACAUUUUGGAAAAUAUUUUUCUUUUUGCUGAAGAACUGAAUUGUACAUUUGUAUUUUGUCAACCCAAAUUGCAUAAAGAAAUGUAAUGCUUGUAUUAAAUUUUAAUUCCUUACUAGGCAUAUUGGACACCGAGUAUACAUCCAGAUGCUGUAUACUCUCAAAACAAACAGGCUCAGGUGUCCAGUUCUCAUUUUAGUCUCUUCUUCCUUAACAAGAGCUCUCUUAAAUGACCCCAUUCUUAUUAAAAAUCAUAACACACUUCAGAGGGAGUUUGUUUAUGUAAAGGGUUUGGCUCCUUCAGGACGUGAAUAGCUGUUGAGAGAUGGAAAUGUGAGCUGUUAUUGUGCAAAUGCCCCCUCUCAUCAUUCACCGCUGUUGACAGAUAUGCCUACAAUUAAAUAACUCCAACUCUUUUGGCCUAAUUUGUGCUAGGUACAAAUCUAAAAAUCCGAAUAGACGCUAAUGUCUAUUUGGUAGCUGGGCAGUUCUAUAUAUAUGUUAGUCCAUGUUCUCUUAAUAGGUUAAUCAAUGCUGUAUGAGAUGAGAAGCAUACACGGUUCUAAAACAGUUUAGAAUAGUUGCACUUUCAAUUGCAUCGUUACUUCUUAAUUUCAUUUACCAGUGUCUGAGAUCUUUACUCUAGGUUCAUUGACAAACUCAACAGCUUCUUAAGUAACAGCUGGCAGGUCCUAGCUGCAUAUGACACCAUUCUGACUAGUAAAAGUAGACAUGAUCCUGUUGUGUGGUCUGGUCAUGUUUUGGUCAAAGAAUGAUCAGUGGGUCUGCUCUCCACCACAAACAUUUUAGUUGUAUAUGUGAUCUGGUUCCUAGUCGCUUCUGAGGUGGGGUGGGGAAAAGGAGACGUGCACCUCAUGGAGUUGGAAAGUACGGUAUGAUCCACAUAUUUUGUCAUCCCAUUCAUCUUCCAUUCACUCUCGCCUCUUACAACAUUUCUUGCAAAUUUUCUCUGAUUUCAAGUGGACAACAGACUUUGUUUAAAAAGUAUAAAUAAAUUAUUUGAUUUUUUUAUUGCAAA